AUGAAAUCUGACCUUGGAGGUGUUGGAACCUUGAAAAUUAAGGAAGAGUGGAAGUGGAAGUGUUCCGGGUUGAGCGGAGAAUCGGCCAAGGGAUUUCGUGAUUAUUGGUUUUUAGAGGGUGUAAAUGAUGUUAUUGUUGUUGGUGCAUGUGAAUUGUUUUACAGUAUCUCUGAUCUUAAAGCACCCCUUCACUAUACUUUUGAGAUGAAAGAUCUUGAUUCUCUUAGUUAUUUUAUUGGCCUUGAAGUCAUAUACUCAGAUGACGGUAUCUAUCUCUUUCAAACUAAGUAUGCUUAUGAUCUUCUUGCUCGAGCUGGAAUUACAGAUAGUUGCACUGAAUCUACUCCUCUUGAGCUUGAUGUUCGGUUUACUCCUUUAGAUGGAACUAUUUUGGAUAAUCCUAUUCUUUAUCGACAGUUAGUUAGAGGUUUCGUCUACUUGAUCGUCACACGACCAGACAUCGCCUAUCUAGUCCAUGUUCUUAGCCAGUUCUUUUCAACUCCUCAUACUACUCACUAUGCAACAGCUGGUAAUCCCACUGAUCGUCGUUCUACUACUGGUUAUUAUUUGUUUCUUGGUGACUCUCUCAUUUCCUAG